UGUCUAAUGCUCCUCGUCUGGAUUAAGGAGUAGCGAGAACCUCAGUGCCAGGGGAGAUGUUCACACUAGGUCACGGGCAGGCUGAAGCAGUCUGCAGAUAGGGCCUACCGAAGAUGGCACGGCAAGCGCUGCUGCUCCUAGCAGUCGCUGGCAUAACGCAAACCAUAGCCGUGCCGCUUGACGCAGACUGUGGUGGCCAGCUAACAUUCUGUUAUGACUGUUCGACUCUUUUGACCUGCCGAAAAUUAGGCAACUUCUACCGGCCCCUCUCGCAAACCACCUGCCCUUCGAGCACUCCUUACUGCCAGAAUGGGGCCUGCGUGGCCCAAGGUGGCUCGUGCCUCAGCCCAGCAACCGCGGCUCCAGGUGCCACCACGGCCACGCCAUCAAGUGGGGGAUUCGCCUGCACCUCCGACGGCUACUUCCCGGACCCCAGCAACUGCCGCCGCUACUACUUGUGCGCUGAAGGAACCGCGUACGCCUACGAAUGUACCAACAGGCGCACACUGUAUGGCCACGACAAGGCCAUGUGCGUUUUCGACACUGAGGCUAGAUGCACUACAACCUCGUGCACAGCAAAUCAAGUGGGCACAUACCAACUCUACCAGCAAGACCCAACUGUGUACAUUGUCUGCACAAAUACUAGGCCAGAAGACGCGCAGGUAGGGAGAUGCCCAGCCAAUUACACAAUUACACAAACAGGGCAAUGCGAGCCCUCGUGCACGGCUGAUGGACGGUACGCACCAGUAUCAGGUGGUGAGGCUAACACAUACCUGGAAUGUAUAAAGACGAGUUCAACAACGUUUGCUGGCCCGACCAUACAAAGAUGCCCAGGGUCAUGGAUCUAUGAGCCCACAACCCAAAGGUGUGUACCCGCUCCACCAGCAACUACAACGCCAGCAACAACAACGACGAGUACGACGCAGACCCCACCAACAACUACAACAAGGGCGACAACAACCACUCUAACAACCACAUCUGCACCGUCAUCUGUUCUUACGAGCAUAGCUGCACCCGCGUCCGUACCAACUGCAGAAGGUACAUCCACAUCGGGUGCCGCGCUUGUAACAACCGAAGCUGCCUCCACACCUGCACAAGCAACCUCAUCUGCUUCUCCAUCUGCACCAACAACCGAAGCAGUUUCUUCACCUGGACCGACAACCAAUGCCGCUUUCCCGGCUACCGCUACAACCGAAGCUGCUUCCUCCAUUGCAGCAACAACCGAAGAUGCUUUCUCCGUUGCCGCAACAACCGAAGAUGUUUCGUCAUCAGAUGCCACUUCAGGGCUGACAACCGAUGCUCCGGAAGUAUCAUCAACUGACACAGCCUCAUCAGAUGCCCAGUCCAACCCAACAACAGGGGCUGCUUCAUCACCAGAUACACCAUCUGUUCUACCAACAGAAAGUGCUUCCUCUUCUCCACAAACAACAGACGCUGAUUCUCCAUCUGUGCCAACAACCGAAGCUGUUUCAUCACCAGACACCUCAUUAAUAUCAACAACCGAAGGUGCGACCUCAUCAGAUGUCCCGCCUUUGCAAACAACAGAAGCUGCUUCUUCAGAUCUCCCAUUUAUACCAACAGCUGGAGCUGGAUCAUCAGAUGCCCCAUCUGCACAACCAACGGAUAAUGCUUCCUCAUCUCCAACAACCGAAGCUACAUCAUCAGACGCUCCAGUAGUAUCAACAACUGAAGCUGCCACAUCAUCAGGGGCUCCAGUCCCAACCGCGCAACCAACGGAUAGUGUUUCAUCCUCUGCACAAACAACGGACGCUGAUUCUCCAUCUGUACCAACAACUGAAGCUGUUUCAUCAACAGACACCCCAUUCGUAUCAACAACCGAAGGUGCGACCUCAUCAGAUGUCCCGCCUUUGCAAACAACAGAAGCUGCUUCUUCAGAUCUCCCAUUUAUACCAACAGCCGGAGCUGGAUCAUCAGAUGCCCCAUCUGCACAACCAACGGAUAAUGCUUCCUCACCUCCAACAACCGAAGCAACAUCAUCAGACGCUCCAGUAGUAGCAACAACUGAAGCUGCCACAUCAUCAGGGGCUCCAGUCCCAACCGCGCAACCAACGGAUAGUGUUUCAUCCUCUGCACAAACAACGGACGCUGAUUCUCCAUCUGUGGCAACAACUGAAGCACCAGACGCCCCAUUAGAAUCAACAACCGAAGGCACGGCCUCAUCAGAUGUCCCGCCUUUGCAAACAACAGAAGCGGCUUCUUCAGAUCUCACAUCCAUACCAACAGCCGGAGCUGGAUCAUCAGCUGCCCCAUCUGCUCAGCCAACGGAUAGUUCUUCCUCAUCUCCAUCACCAACAGAAGUUUCAUCUGCAUCUGUACCAACAACCGAAGCUCCUUCUUCAUCGGAUCUCCCAUCUGUACCAACAGCCGAACCUGCAUCACCUUCUGCUGCCCCAUCUGCACAACCAACGGAUGGUGCUUCCUCAUCUCCGCUGACUACAGAAGCCACUUCAUCUGUAGCAACAACCGAAGCUGCAUCAUCAGAUGCCCCAUCUGCACAACCAACGGAUAAUGCUUCAUCGCCAGCUACUUCUGAAGCUUCUUCUCCAACUGUGCCAACAACCGAGGCUCCAUCUUCAUCGGAUUUCCCCUCUGUACCAACAGCCGAAGCUGCAUCAUCUUCAGCUGAUCCAUCUACACAACCAACGGAUACUACUCCCUCAUCUGCGGCUACAGAAGCCACUUCAUCUGUAGCAACAACCGACGCCGCAUCAUCAGAUACCCCACCUGCACAAACAACGGAUAAUGCUUCAACACCAGCGACUACCGAGGCGGCUUCUUCAUCGGAUAUCCCAUCUGUACCAACAGCCGAAGCUGCAUCACCUUCUGCUGCCCCAUCUGCACAGCCAACGGAUAAUGCUUCCUCAUCUCCAGCGACUACAGAAGCCACUUCAUCUGUAGCAACAACCGAUGCUGCAUCAUCAGAUGCCCCAUCUGCACAAACAACGGAUAAUGCUUCAACACCAGCGACUACCGAAGCGACUUCUUCAUCGGAUAUCCCAUCUGUACCAACAGCCGAAGCUGCAUCAUCUUCAGCUGCCCCAUCCGCACAACCAACGGAUAAUGCUUCCUCAUCUCCGGCGACUACAGAAGCAGCUUCUCCAUCUGUGCCCACAACCGAUACUUCUUCCUCAUCUGAUAGCCCUUCAAUAGCAACAGCCGAUACUUCAUUGCCAGAUGUCGUCUCAACGACCGUGAGUGCCGUUUCAACGGACACUUCCACGUCAGAUGCCCAGCCUGCACCAACAACUGAAGCUUUGACAUCGGGCACAGAUGCCUCGACUGUGGUUCCAACUGAGCAGGACACAACCACCCCUUCGAGUGGGCAAACGGAGCAAUCGGAAGACUACUACGGAAUUGACCCAAAUGUAGACGAGAAUCUGUAUAAUCUUCCUGCAUCUUUUCUCCUUGGGGCAUCUUCGUCAGCUUAUCAAAUCGAGGGGGCAUGGAACUCUGAUGGGAAAGCGCCGAGCAUCCAAGACGAUUAUUAUCACUCGAUAGGAACCGCUAACGGCGACAUUGCCUGCGACUCAUACAACCAAAUCCAAAAUGACAUCAGUUUACUUCAAAAUCUAGGCUUCCAAACGUAUCAUUUUUCCAUAUCGUGGUCUAGGCUGUUGCCCACUGGAAGCAGUCUGGCAGCAGACGACACUGCAAUCGACUUUUACGAUAAUCUCAUACAAUCUUUGACAUCCAGCGGAAUACAGCCUGUUGUCACUUUGCACCACUGGGACACCCCGUCCGUCAUUCAGAACGGGUGGCUGAAUGCCAGCAUCGCUGACUACUUCGUGGACUACGCGACCUUCGCCUUUAGCAUGUUCGGCAACAGGGUGAGAAACUGGAUCCUGCUGCACGACCCCGUCAGCCAGUGCGUGAACGGCUACGAGCAGGGCCUCGCGGCGCCGGGCGGCUCGCAGGCAGCGCAGGGCACGGCGGCCUACCAGUGCGUGCACAACGCCAUCCUGGCCCACGCCCGCGCCUACCGCGCCUACCAACAGAACUUUGCGAACCAGGGAGGCCGCGUCGGGUCCACGCUGCUGCUGGAGCUGGGCCAGCCUCUGCGGCCCGGCAACGCGGCGGACGAGGCGGCGGCGCAGCGCUACAUGGAGAGCACGUUCGCGUGGCUGGCGGACCCCUUGACCAGCGGACAGUACCCGGCGUCGCUGGUGCAGGCGGCCGGCGACAGGCUGCCGCAGUUCACCGCGGCCGAGAGGACCGUCAUCACGGGCGCGUCGGACUUCUUCGGGCUGAAGCACUCGGGCGCCAGGCUGUGUACGGACGGCGCCACUGUAGGGGCCUCGUACGCCGCGGACGUGAACGUCGUGACGAGCCUCGACGUGGCCUGGAACCUGACGGGCUCCGGCCGCGACCCGAUUACUCCCUGGAGCAUCCGCGGCGCGCUGAACUGGAUCCAGCAGCGCUACGGCGCCGUCGGCGUCCUGGUGACGGACAACGGGUACGCCGCGGCGCAGGACGAGGCCACGUACGACUCGGCGCGCAGUGGCUUCUUCAGCGGCUACCUGCGCGGUGUGAUGCGCGCCAUCGCCGACGGCUGCAACGUGCUGGGCUACGCGGCGAGGAGCCUCAUGGACAGCUUCGAGUGGGAGGACGGCUACAGCCUCAAGUAUGGCAUCGCCAAGGUGGACUUCGACUCGGCGGCGCGCACCAGGACCCUGAAGACGUCGUCGGCCGCGUUCUUCCAAAACGUUCUGACCACCAGGAGAGUGGACUAUGUCCCCAUAAGCCCCUCGUAGCGCCGCGUCGCGCCGCCUCAUCUCUUCCAUCAUUUUCUGCAUCUUGCCGGCUGUCGAUUGUGCGCUUGUAGCAAAACAGUAAAUAAAUGUUUUCCUAUCCAUUC